GGUACCUCCAGGGCUCUGCGGGCCAAAGGGCCCCCGCGGCCCCAGACGAGAUGCUACAAAGAACCAGGACUGGGAUCAGCCCCGAGGGAUCGAGGCGGGGUCGGGAGGUUGGAAAGGAACCAUCGGGUUCCCGCGCUGGCUGAAGGAGGACGCAGAGGCCGGAGUCCCUUUCGCGCAGGGAGAUUGCCCCUCGGCAGCCGCCGUAGGCGAGCCGGAAGUGCCGUCUGGCCACGUUUCUCUUCCCGCGAACUGAAGGGAGGGAUCCAGGAUGGCCGACGUCGCCAGGCGUGAGACCCCACUGUGCUCAGAGCAAUUCGGCUCCGGGGCGGCCAGGGGCUGCCGCGCCGCCGCCGACGGGAGCCUGCAGUGGGAGGCCUGGGGGCGGCACUGGUGGGGGUUCUCCGGGGCCUUCACAGCGAAACCCGGAGGACGAGAUGGGGGCGAGGGGGCGGCUCCCAGGACUGCCUCCCCACCUCUCUCCCGGCUCCUGGCCGUCUUCCUGCCUCAGGGCUUCCCCGAUAGCGUCAGCGCGGACUAUCUGCCCUACCAGCUGUGGGAUUCCGUGCAGGCCUUUGCUUCCAGCCUCUCGGGCUCCCUGGCCACCCACGCAGUCUUGCUGGGCAUAGGGGUAGGGAACGCAAAAGCCUCUGUUUCAGCUGCCACGGCCACCUGGCUCGUGAAAGAUUCAACUGGCAUGCUGGGCCGCAUCGUCUUUGCCUGGUGGAUGGGGAGCAAAAUGGACUGUAAUGCCAAGCAGUGGAGGCUUUUUGCCGACAUCCUCAAUGACGUAGCCAUGUUCCUCGAGAUUAUGGCUCCCAUAAUUCCCAUCUGUUUCACCAUGACCAUCUGCAUCAGCAACCUGGCCAAGUGCAUUGUGGGCGUGGCUGGUGGGGCCACUCGGGCCGCCCUGACGGUGCAUCAGGCCCGGAGAAACAACAUGGCCGAUGUGUCAGCCAAGGACGGCAGCCAGGAGACGCUGGUAAGCCUGGCAGGGCUCCUGGUCAGCCUCUUGAUGCUUCCCCUGGUGUCAGAUCACCCUAGCUUAAGCCUCAGCUGUUUCUUCUUCCUCACUGCCCUCCACAUCUACGCCAACUACCGGGCAGUCCGGGCCCUUGUCAUAGAGACCUUGAAUGAAGGCCGGCUCUGGCUGGUCCUGAAGCACUUCCUUCAGCGGGGAGAGGUUCUUGGCACCACUCCAGCCAAUCAGAUGGAGCCACUGUGGACAGGUUUCUGGCCAUCUCUGUCUCUAUCCCUGGGGGUCCCUCUACACCGUGUGACUUCCAGUGUCUUUGAGCUGCAACAGCUGGUGGAGGGGCACCAAGAACCCUACCUCCUUCGCUGGGACCAGUCACGAAACCAGGUGCAGGUUGUCCUGAGCCAGACGGCAGGCCCUGAGACCAUUCUAAGGGCCGCCACUCACGGGCUGGUGCUUGGAGCCCUGCGGGGAGAUGGACCCCUCCCACAAGAGCUGGAGGAACUGAGGAAACAAGUACAGGCUGGUCCUGAGAAAGAGAGCUGGGUCAUCGUCAGGGAGACCAACCAAGUGUUGGACAGGCUGUUCCCAAAGUUCUUGAAAGGACUGCAGGAUGCGGGCUGGAGGACUGAGACACACCAGCUGGAGGUAGAUGAGUGGAGGGCCACAUGGUUCCUGUGUCCAGAAAAGAAGGUCUUGUGAGCAGUCCAGCCAGAGGCGCAGGUCCCAGGACAGGAGCCUG